AUGAAUCUUGUUGACAAGAAACCUGGAUAUACCAGGAGUGGGGAACCGCCACUAUUUUUUAUUAUGAUGCGAUUUAACAUUAAAAUAGCACUACUGUUUCUUGUGUUUGUUGGGAUUUUAACAGUUUUAACGUUGUAUUCGUUUUGUGGAAGCUCAGAUAAGGAAUGGCACAGAUUGAACAGUCUUAGCUCAAAAUCGUUUGAUCUUCAGGUCACUGAAGAACUAGAUUGUGAAAUAAACGGAGAUUAUAUCAUUGGUUGUCGCAAAGAAGGGGAUGAUGUUUAUAUCCCCUUUUCAUUUUUACACAAAUAUUUUGAAGUGUAUGGAAAGCUAGCCACAUAUGAUGGGACGGAACGAUUUGAGUGGUCUCAUAGCUACAGCAAAGUUUAUCGUCCUAAGGCCAAAUAUGAUCCCAGGGGUGUAUUUAUGUAUUUUGAAAAUUAUAAUGUAGAAGUCAGAGAUAGGGUUAAAUGCGUUAGUGGAAUAGAGGGAGUACCUGUAUCUACGCAAUGGGAGAGUCAAGGUUAUUACUACCCCACGCAGAUAGCUCAGUUUGGGCUUUCCCACUUUAGCAAAAACCUGACUGAACCAGAACCUAGAAGGAAGAUGGUAGAAGACUGUGAAAAAGACUUAGCCAAGUGGACAGUACCGCCAACUGCAAAGCUGGAAAGGCUCUUAGAAAAAUCUUCUAAUAAUAAAAUUUUAAAAUUUGUUACCAGUGAAAAUUAUAUGGAGGGGAUUAGACUGAAGAUGGAUCACGUUUUGUACUUUGUUAUGAGUAUGGAUGUUUUUUUGAAUAGUAACAGUAGUAUUACUGUUACGUUGCAAAAUAGGGAAAAUAAAGAAAUUUAUUUUUUACACUACAUUACUUCGGAUAUUUGGAUAACUUCUCAGGAUAAUAACAUUUACCACGGUAUCGGAACAAGCCCGAGCUGGAAGAAAAUGACCCGAGAUUUGAUCAUAGAUCUUCACAAAGGUCUCGCGUAUUUGGACAAAGACAAAUCGAAACCCAAACUAUCCAGAUCCAAAAUGAAAGUCAUCGAUAUAACGCUGAGAGGUUCGGGAGCUAUCGACAAUCUUACACUCUCCUCUUCGGAGCACAUCCAGCAGUUUUAUGAUGCCGCUGAAUGGUUCGUUAGACACCAAGACGUUGAAACCGGCGGAUGGGCCAUUCCCGUCAAACGGAAAUUAGCCGCCGGCUUUCAAGACCUGGAGCCUGGUUGGUAUUCAUCAAUGGGGCAAGGCCACGCAUUAUCAGUGUUGUCUAGAGCUUACUACCAUUCCGGGGGCGACAUUAGAUACCUAACAGCCGCUCUGAGAGGCCUCAAACCUUUCCGAGUGCCCAAUUCCCAAGGAGGAGUCCGAGCAACGUUUCUUAAUACCUACAACUGGUACGAGGAAUACCCCACCGAACCAGCAUCUUUUGUACUCAACGGUUUCAUUUAUUCUCUCUUAGGUUUGUAUGAUUUGAUAACCAUAGCACCUCACAGAGAAGCACAGGAAGCCGAAAUUUUGUAUAAUGAAGGUAUGAUUUCUCUAAAAAAUAUGUUACCCUUGUUCGAUAUGGGCAGCGUUACUUCGUAUGACUUAAGACACUUCACGAUCAGUACUGCGCCAAAUUUGGCCAGGUGGGACUACCACGCUACCCAUGUUAAUCAACUUUUGUUACUAAGCACUAUUGAAAAUGAGCCGCUUUAUAAAGUAACUGCCGAAAGGUGGAUUGGGUAUAUGAAUGGUAAAAGAGCGGAUCAUAACUAA